AUGGCCUUUGCACCAUGGCGUGCCCUGCCCGGCCCCGUCCUACUAUUGGCACUGAACCUCUUUUCUGCCGUGGCCCUGAUCUUUGAAGGCUAUAACCAAGGCGUCAUGGGCAGCGUCAACGGCUCCGCGGGCUACAUUGAGCUGGUGGGGAUCGGCGCCGACGGUGUCGUGACCAACACCACCAAGCAAGGAGGCAUCGUUGCGGUCUACUACUUCGGCGCCAUGUUCGGCUGCUUCAUCGGCGGCAAGAUCGGGGACAGAUUCGGGCGCAAAAAGGCCGUCGUCUUCGGCAGCAUACUGGCUUUGAUCGGCGGUGCUCUUCAGGCUGGAUCGCAGAAUGCGAGCAUGACCAUUUGUGCCCGGACCAUUUGUGGACUUGGAAUCGGCACCAUCAACUCGAUCAUCCCGGCAUGGGUCUCGGAACUCGCGCAGGCACACAACAGAGGAUCCUCAUUCGCGCUCGUCUUUGUCGCCAACUACGUCGGCAUCGUCAUUGCAUACUGGAUCGGCUAUGGUCUUCGCAACCACACGGGCGACUUCAAAUGGCGGUUCCCACUGGCCUUCCAGAUCGUGCCUCUCCUGCUGCUCCUCCUCACGAUCGGCUUCCUGCCCGAGUCGCCACGGUACCUGCUCACGCAAGGCCGGCGCGAAGAAGCCGUCGAGAUUCUGGCCAAAAUCCGAGGCGACGUGCCGCACGAUGACCCUGCCUUGGCCGCGGAACUCGCGCAGCUCGACGCCAUCAUCUCUUCCGGCAAGCACAAACGGUACCGAUGGCACAACCUGAUCACGGGCCGCCAUUCCGGCCCGCUCCAUCUAGGCCGUCGCGUCGCCCUGGCCGUGGGCAUCAUGAUGAUGAUGGAAUGGACUGGCAUCCUCGCCAUCACCGUCUACGCCAACACCUUGUUCCAACAGGCAGGCUUCUCCGUUGAGAAGUCGGCGUGGCUAUCUGGACUUUGCAACUCCAUCGGCAUCCUCGGAACAAUGGCCAGUGUCCUGACAGUCGACCGCUUCGGCCGACGAAAGUCUCUCUACUUUGGCUUCUUCGUUCAGGGUGCUGUGCUCCUCCUGUCGGGCGGCCUGUCGCGACUCGGCGAGCUUCACCCGCAGAACACAGCGUACGGUGCCGCCUCGGGCGCGAUGGUGUUCAUCUUCACCUUCUUCUUCGCCCAGACCGUGUUGAUGAUUGCAUUCAUCUACCCGACCGAGAUUUGGCCCCAAGAAAUCCGCGCUCUGGGCAAUAGCUUCGGCGUCUUCGGCUGGGCCGUCGGCUGCGGCAGCACCACCCUCGCCAUUCCAAGCAUGUUCGCCGUGCUGGGCUACAAGGCCCUGAUCGUCUUCGGAGCCUUCAACUUCGCCUCCCUACCCCUGGUGUACCUGUUCUUCCCCGAGACAAAAGGCCGCAGCUUAGAAGAGAUCAACCUGCUCUUCGCCAGCGCCAGCCCCCUGGCUCGCGACAACGAGGCCGAAUACACCAAACUCCUCGCCGAAGCGGACGGCGAUCUCACCCGGGCAGAACACAAGUUAUUGCGCCAGCUCGAAGGAGCGGCAGGUGAAAACUGGGAGACGACGCUAGAGAAUGGGCCAAACAGCCAGGAAAAGGAAAAAGAGGCAUUGUAG